AUGGCGAGACUCACUGCCAAAGCCGACUAUGAUGCUGGCAAAACCUCUGGGAAUGCACCACGUCCACGGUCCGACUUUGGAAAUGAUCAUGCAUACAAUGGACUCCGGACUAGUCUUCAUAGAAACUGGUAUUCGUAUGACGCUGAUGGACUACUAAUUGAUUACGAUGGAAGUCUCAGGGGUCAUCUAGUCCCUUGCAAAAGAGCAGUUCCCUUUCUUCCCUCUAGUGACAUUCAAACGAUGGAAGCCAACUUCUUGCCCAAUGAAUGUUCAGGCAUCAAUGAAGCUGCUGCGAUGGCUUUCCAGUUUGCUGCACCUUUUAACAUUGAAACUAUAAUUGGAUCGAAGAUACUCAACCAGAGCGGUCCUCCAAAGUCUGACCCGUUUGGAAUUGCUUACUUUGAUAAGACCCUGGUGUUGCGCAGUUAA